AUGCCAAAACUCAGAAUUUCUCUCCUUUUCUACAUCACACUCGUUCUCUCCUUGGUCAUUGCAUCAGAUGCAAAAGCAUUUGACUCAAAUCACCAAGUCAGCCACAACCGCUUCCUCAAGAAGCGGGCGCCGGCUCCCCAGCUUGGAUUUCCGCCUACUACAACCACCGCCGUGACAACGCAGUCCGUAGCGUUAACGGUAACUACAGCUGAUAGUAAAACCACAUCUUCUGUAUCUUCUUCAUCCUCUUCUUCCUCUGCUACUUCGAACUCCGGUGGGCUACUUGGAACUAUAGUUAGCGCAGUUUUACCAACGACAGCGACCUCGACUUCUUCUUCGUCGUCGUCGUCGUCGUCAUCUUCCCAAUCCUCCACCUCCCCAACUAGCAGCAUUCAAUCAACACCGUCAACUACCCAAAGUCUUCAACCCAGUCCUUCUACGACCACUGCACCCACGCAGGCGGGCUCUCAGGGCUCCUCUCCGUCAGUAGUGUUCCUUACCAGUACUGCGUCUGCAGGUGCAAGCGCCACACCAUCCUCCUUGUCCUCUGAUUCUACUGGUAUCACGCACACUGCCCUCAUCGUCCUCAUUGUCGUUGCUACAAGUGUCGGUGGCUCCAUCAUCAUUUGGACCAUCAUUCGCAAGUGGAAGUUUGGCAAAUCUUCUAGCUUUGAAGACCGCAUGCAACCUAUUGACUGGCAGCCGAAUAACGAUGACGAUGGUGGUAUUCCCGGUAUGAACCGCCGCAACUCCACCGCAUCAUCAUUCCACUCCGGAUCUGGCCACGGGCACGUCGGCGCUGGCACAGCAGGUCUCAACCCCAUUCCUGACCAUGAUUUCACUGCAGGGCCCGCCAAUCUCGCGCCUGUUGGCGGUUACGCUGACCUUGCACGUGGUCCCAGUCCCCAGCCCAUGAUGCAGGAACUAGCGCGUGGUCCUAGUUUCACUUCGCGUCAGUAUCAGUCUGACCAGUAUGGCGUUCCACUUCACCAUGGCGGCUACGCCACGCACGGAUACUGAGACGGCCGAAGCCAGGCACGGAGAAAAGUUGGAUGUUGCACGCAGUCCAUUUCUCCAUCGUCUCUCAUAGAGUGGGGGCGGAGAUGUAUCCAUUUUCUGCAUUACUCACCUUUUUAUUCUGUCGUAUCAGUCAAUACAUCCGCUUGCUGGACCACGCAUUCGCCUCUGUCUCGUUUACGUUAUUCCUAGACGACAAACGUUAUGCUUAUAUUUUUCGCGUCCAUGCCCAAUUUAUUGCAUUUUCUUCCCAUCGUACUUAUUAUACCCCCGUCGCUAUUCUUGUGUUUUUGAUGCUAUGCCUUACCAGCCAAUCAGUGCGGUCGGUCUAUUGAUAUUACUUGCACGGUCGGGUAGUGAUCUCUUUCAAUAAAAGACUGUCUUUUGUGCAGGUCACUAAUGACUAUUAUAUUGUAAUCUACACAACGGAGCUUGGGUUAGGUCGAAUUUUCUC